AUUUGCUCAUUUCUCCCUCCCCACUCCAGUUAUUAAAACCAUUCAUCUUUAAACAAAAUCUUUUCAAUUUCUCAAAUCCCCCAUUCAUGGUGGUCCUUUCCAAACCUGAAAUCGAACAUUUCUCAGUACCCAUCAUGUCCUGUUCCAAUUCUUCUUCCUUUAUCUCUUCCAAUAUUCCUUUAAUAGAUUUAUCAAAACCAGAUGCCACAACCCUCCUCGUUAAAGCAUGUGAAGAGUUCGGAUUCUUUAAGGUCGUUAACCAUGGCGUCUCCCCUGACUUCAUCUCAAACCUCGAAUCACAGGCCGUCAAAUUCUUCUCACUUCCUCUCUCCGAGAAACAAAAGGCAGGACCGCCCGACCCGUUCGGAUACGGUAGUAAAAUCAUAGGAUCGAACGGCGACGUGGGUUGGGUCGAAUAUGUUCUGUUAACGACCAACCCGGAGUUUAACUAUAAGGGACUUGCGCCGGUGUUCGGAGAAAACAUUGAGAUUUUCCGGUCUGCCGUGACGGAUUACAUCUCGUCGGUGAAGAACAUGGCUUGUUUGAUUCUUGAAUUGUUAGCUGAUGGGUUGAAGAUUCAAGAAAAGAAUGUUUUCAGUAAGCUUUUAAUGGAUGAACAGAGUGACUCUGCUUUCAGACUAAAUCAUUAUCCUCCAUGUCAAGAUGUUAAUGGAAGAAGUUUAAUUGGAUUUGGAGAACACACUGAUCCUCAAAUCAUCUCUGUUCUUAGAUCAAACAACACUUCUGGUUUACAAAUUUCACUUAAAGAAGGACAUUGGAUUUCAAUCCCACCUGACCAGAAUUCAUUCUUUGUUAACAUUGGUGAUUCUUUCCAGGUUAUGACAAAUGGGAGAUUUAAGAGUGUGAAGCAUAGAGUGGUUGCAGACAAUAGAAAAUCAAGGGUAUCAAUGAUUUACUUUGGUGGACCACCUUUAAGUGAAAAGAUAGCUCCAUUGCCAUCAUUGAUGAAAGGAUCAGAAGAUAGUUUAUAUAAGGAGUUUACUUGGUUUGAGUAUAAAAAAUCUGCUUAUACUUCAAGGCUUUCAGAUAAUAGGCUUUGUCUCUUUGAGAAAAUUGCAGCUUCAUAACCAAUCAUCAUCAUCAUCAUCAUUCUACUCACAAUAAACCCUAGAAGAAGAAAAAACAAGUCACUUUCAAACUUUGCUCAAAAUCUCAAUAGUUUGUGAAUUUGUUUUCUUUUCUUUUUUUUGUUUUGUUAUACUUUGAAUUGUAACUUUGAUUUUGUCAAUAAUACUUGUGUUCGUUCAUCUUUUAAA